CGAUUUAUUAGUUCGAGUCUUGCCUGACGAUCCAGUGCCACUUCGAAAUCGCACCUUAGUAGCCGCACCAGUUCCGUCAAAGUCCAAAAAUCAAAUUCGUUGGCGAGAUCGUGACCGUGUUGCCAUUUCCACGCAGUUGAGCAACUCAGCAAUCAUGCCGACAAUCGACGGUUACGAUGGAAAUUGCGAGAAGCAAACCCUCUGUUACUACGGAGCGGAUAUGCAGGGCAAUUCCCUUUUCGUCAAAUUCAAACGUAUCGCGAGGUCACACUCGGAAAUAACAUUAUUUUUGAGCAUCGACGAUGGACAGACGGUUUACGAAUUCCCGGAGCAUCCGAACACGGUGAUCCCACCGCACCAAGACCGGUGGUCUGCCCGGGGAUUGAGAUUCAUAGUAGUACAAAUGGACAGGAUCGUUAGGAUAAGGUUCGAUGGUCAGUUGCGAAGGGGCACGCGUGAGAAUUACAACGCGAACGUCGCUGGCGUACUCGAGCACGUGCGAUUCAAUUUCUCGUUUCUCGCUCCCCAGCCUCCUCGUUGGAGCUGUAGAAGAGGGCUGAUCGACAACUUUUUCAAUCGAAAAAUUCGACUCGAUCAGUACGGAUCAAUGAGAGGUUCUGUGAGACUUCAAGAUGCCUCGGACCGGAAGCUUGCAUUACAAGGACUGCGUCAAUUCUUCGUGGGCGAAAGUAGCCCCGGCGCGAGACUGAUUGUGAGGGGCAUGGACGAAUUCGGAGAUGGUUUUUGCAGUUAUUCCAAAGACGGGUCGUCGGGGACAUCAAAUAAUUUAGGACACCUAAAAGAUCCGAUAUACAAUGUUAGAUACAUCCUCGCAAGCAACUUGAACGUGCAUGAAUUCGGAAGACGAUUUCUUGGCGAGAAUCAGAUAGAUGAGGCUACAUUUCGUUUCGAAACGCCCUACUACAAUAUGAGUUCCCCCCGGAGAGCAAUGUACGUCUUAACGAUAGAGUUGCAAAGAAAUACGAAGAAAGUAUCGUACAGUCGGUAUCCUUGGGCAAAACAGACUACGUAUUGGACCUGUACAUUGACGCUGAACGGCUACAAAGGCCGCGGAUUGAUCGAAUUAUCCCAGCCGUACGACGGAGAUUGCCCCGUGGCGAUGCCCGAGGCCCCGAUACUUCGGGUCGCAGAACACGAUCAGGUUGGAAAACGCAGCUUGGCGAAGGUGAUCGGCUUGAAAAGAUUGUUCUCCCGAGACCCGAGACAGAUCGGAGAUAAAGUCGCCCUGCUCGCCGACGCGCAGGAAAUGCAAUCGGAGCAAUUCGAAGUACCCGAUGGCUUCUGCGUGACGACUUACGCUUUCACAUGCUUCAUGAAUCAGAAUAAAAAGCUGUCGGAAGCCAUCGACAGUUUGAUCAACAACUACAAAGCCAGAAUGCCACCGCGCAUCGGACAGGAUCCGGAAGAGUGGCCAAAAACCGGUUCACCCAACUUAACUCAAAUUUUGUCGAGAAUCGCCGAAGAGUUCACGAAGUCCCAAAUGCCUGAAGACAUACAAAGUCAGAUAAAGAAGUCGAUGGAGAAGAUACGUGAAAAGGCUCCGGAGAACAGAUGGGCCGUGCGACCGAGCCCCUACUUCGAGGCCCCGGGCGAGAGCUUCGCGGAGAGUGUGUACCAGACCGGGCUCGGCGCCAGCAGUGACUCAGUGAUCGAGGACGUGAAGCGAAUGUGGGCUUCGGUGUUCAGCCGACCGUGCGUCGAGUAUCGACAUCGCUGCGGUCUGCCUCUCAAAACGCCGAUCGCCGUGUUGGUCCAGGAGAUGGUCAACGCCCGUGCGGGCGGAUCUCUGUUCACCAGGCACCAGGAGACCGGCGACCAGCGCGAGAUCCACAUCGUCUCGACCCACGGCCUGGGCACGCCGGUGUGCUCGGGCCUCGUCGAGGGCGACCGUUUUGUCGUCCGACGCGGCUACGACGACUCGCUGGAGAUGCUGACCUGGACGCUGGGCAAAAAAAACGACCUGAUCGAUCCCUCGGGCAACGAGAUUCCGGAUGAGAAAAGCAAAGAGAUGUCGAUCAGCGAGCAGCUCGCCAUGAAAAUCGCCCGUAUCGGCCUGGAGAUCGACAAGCGUUACGACUCGGCGCGCGAAGUCGAGUGGGCCUGGACCUAUCCCGAGGAUAAGAUCUACCUGCUGCAGUGUCGUCCCGCGGCCUCGUCGAUCAACACCUGGACGGAUUACAAUCUCAUCCACGAGCUCGACACGGACGUGGCAGCCGAGGGUCAACUGCUGACCUUCGUGCAGGCCGACGAGAUGUUCCCCCGGGUCGUGACGCCGCUCACUUGCACCACCAUCAUCCACGGUCUCGCCGCCUCGACCUACGCCUUCUACGACGACAACGACAAAGACAGUGACGACGACGACGACCACGACGACGACGACGACGACGACGAUGAUGAAGACAAUGACGACAAAAAUAAACGCUACGAAAUCAGUCCGCUGCACAUCUCCAAUGGAAGAGUCGCUUUCAAGUAUUACAAUCUCGUGAAGCCCAACAGGAAGAAAAUACCCGACAAAGAAAGGAUCCUCAGAGAUUACGGCCUCUGCGGACAGCCGAUCGUCACGCCGGAUAUCAUUGACUCGUUGAAGAUGCACAACGACCUCGGUCCCAUCGAUCGUUUCAUGGGCAAAAGCGACGACAAGAAAAAAUACCUGCCAAAAAAAUGCGAAGCCAAGCUCGAAGAGUUGGAGACAUUGGUGCGCGAUUACUAUCCGGAGCACGGACCAACGGACCUGAGCGGAGCCGCGUUGAUGGUCGAGCUGAAAAAACAUCUGGACGUGCUGCGGAAAGCGUCGCGGCGUUACGGCUACUUCUCGAGGCUCUGCUUCUCGCAACUAGUGAAAGUCAUGUCGCUCCUGUCGGCCGACGGCGAGACGUUCACGGCCCAGAACUUCGCGGACAUGUCGCGUCUGCUGGGCAACUGCAAGGGCAACUACAAGGGCAUCGACACCGCCCAAUUGCCCAAGCUCCUGGUCAAGAUGAAUACGGAAAUCUGUCAUGGAUUGUCUUGCCCCGAGAAAUCCGACGAGAACCGACUAAAAUUGAAGGACUUGCAUGUAUCGCAAAUCGACCAAUGGAUCAGAAGAUCGGGUAACAUGCAUGCAUUCAACGAUAUGGUGGAAUUUAUAAAAAUGGACGGCUAUUGCGGCCCUAAUGAAUUCGAACUGGAAUCGGAACCUCUUCUGAUGAGGCCCGAUAGAAUUUACAAGUUGAUUCAGUACUUACAUCCGUGGCUCAAAAAACCCACCGGGAAGCCUGAACGGACGCCUAUUUUUGAGACGGACGAAAUAAUACCGCCAGAAGAGGACAAAGAUCCAGAAAUAAUACCGCGAAAAGACGAUAAAUUAGAGAUAACUAAUCCUCAAGAAUGGGUCGCGAAAAAGAUUAAAAAGGUUGUGUUGUCUUGUAAGAACUUAUACAAGAAAGCUCAGUACAACGAGCCAGGCCUGGCGGAGCUGGUCGCAAAGAUCGCGUCGCCGAUCGAGCCCGAGACCCGCCAUCGCAUCGCCAAGCUGCUGCCGGACGCUCGUCGCAGCGUGGCGCUCCGGGAGCGCGCGAGGCAGCUGCUGGCCAAGGUGACGAACAACGUGCGCGCGCUCUACGCGCAGAAAGCCAUCGAGCUCGUGAACGAGGGCAAAUUGCCCGACGACAAACUCAUCUACUAUCUGACGAGCUGGGAGGUGACCCAACUCGUGGACUCGGCCUGCUAUCCGAAGCUGGUCGACAUUGCCCGACGCCGACGCGAGCUCUGGGCCCGGCUGGACGAGGCGAGAUACCCGCGCACGAGCCACGGCCUGCCGCGACCCAUCGAACAGGAAGACUUGGGCGAGGAGGUGCGCAAGGCCGACUACCAGACCCGGGGCGUGCCCGUGUGGGCCGGCAUCAUCUGCAAUCGAGUCUUCGUCGCCGCGAGACUCGAGGACGGGCUGCAGGAGCGAGGCCUCAAGCCCUGGGACAUACUCGUCGUGCCCUACGUCGACGCCGGCUGGAGCCAGUACUUCCCCGUGCUCGGGGGAUUGAUCACGGAGCGGGGCAGCCUGUUCAGUCACGGGGCCGAGCUGGCGCGCGACUUCAAGAUGCCCUGCAUCAUGGGCGUGCCCAACGCGACGAGAAUCUUCAAGACGGGCGACGGGGUACACAUGGACGGAUCUACAGGUGAAAUCAGAAGAGAGGCCGACGAAUCGGCCUAUUUCGUUGGAGAGGGCAGCGGUUCGAUGCCCUUACCCGCGUCCUCGCGUUAACAAUUGCUCAGCUGCGAACUAAUUUAAUUCUUUUUAGUAUAAGUAUAGGUAUAAUACGACGUCGAAGACAAAAAAAAAA